AUGGCUUCUCAAAAAAAUACCAAUGCGUCGUCGCGGUCGGCGGCUGGCUUCUCGAUCCUCACCAUCCUCGCCCUAGUCCUGGCGCUCCUCACUGCCUUGUUCGUUUAUCUCGAUAAACACCUCGAAUGGUUCUACAUCUUCGAGCCUGCGCAUCUGCAUGACCUGGCCCAGCGUGCCAUUGCCGCCCAUGGAAACGAUACCCGUUCCGUGGUCAACUACAUCGUCCAGGAACUGGACCAGAAAUUGUCCGGCAAGUACCUGAACUUCGACGAAGAGUGGGUUUUCAACAAUGCCGGUGGUGCAAUGGGCGCCAUGUACAUCAUUCAUGCAAGAACCGCAAUUGGUACCGAAGGACACACCGGCCGCCACACUGCCGACGACUAUUUCCACAUCCUGCAGGGCACCCAGCUCGCCUAUACCCCGGGAUCCUACGAACCGGAGGUGUACCCACAGGGAAGCGUGCAUCACCUGCCCCGCGGCGAGGUCAAGCAAUACAAGAUGGAGAGUUCCUGCUUCGCUCUCGAGUAUGCCCGGGGAUGGAUCCCCCCGAUGCUGGGCUUUGGCUAUGCGGACACCUUUACGAGCACCCUCGACUUCCCUACCCUCUGGGCGACUACAAGAAUCACCGCCAGGGAGAUGAUUGGGAACUUGCUCCAGGGCAAGCUGUAA